UUCUCGCCUUCGCAGUUCUAUCAGUCAGGCGCUUAAUUCAGUGUUUACUGUAAGUUUCAAACACGUGAUCUGUUACAGGGUGGAAGCAAAGUUCAGUGGUACUGUGUUUGUGUUGUGGUGCGAGGCGCAGCGUGGCGCGGAUGAUUGCUGGUGGGUCAUUGUGAGCGAACUGAGGUCCGCUGAGGUGGGAAGGCGGUGCCGCCGUCCUCGCCACCUCGGCAGACGCAAGGAGAGACACCAGGCUUCCCACUCUCCGUUUAUUGGUUAGUUUCACAUGUCGAAAAAUCGUUUCUCUUCUCACCAGAGACUCAACCCUCAUGUGCUGCCCCUCAGCGGCACCAGAGGCGGCAUCAGAUGAGCGCAAGGCAUACGCGACUACGAGCGGGCGUUCCAUCUGCACUGGUGGACUGUGAGAGUGUGUGUGUGGGUGGGGGGAGCCGCCGUGCGCCAGCCGUCACCACACUCCGCCCCAGUCACACCAGCACUGCGACCAUUGGUGGGAUGAUGAUUAUGUGGGCGGGCCCAGGGCGGUGGGCGGGGCGAGCGGCAGGCAGACACAUGGCAGGGUGACGGCAUGUGGUGGAAGCCGAAGAAUACUGGAGUGGUUACCCCGGGCCCGGCGCUGCUCGGCUAGCGUUACGUGGUGUACUGUGCUGCGAGGUGGCGCGCGCCCGUCUGCACGUGUGGUGUUUUGAGGCACGCUGCCCUUCCUGCCGUCCUCUUCCCUUGUUUCACAUGGACGCCGGCUGAAUGAUGCCCUGCGAUCCCCUGAUGAAGCCCAAGCUCGGCUUUUCCAUUGAGUCGCUGGUGGGCGGCAAGGUGAACUCGGAGGGCCGUGGAUCGCCGCCGCUCGCCGACACCUGCAGCGAGCGGGGACUGUCUCCUCCCGGCUCCAUGCCUCCGUCACCCCGCUCCCCUGGCCCUCCGGCCUUCAGCGACCUGCGGGCACCUCUGGCCAUGCGUGCCCUGCUGGAUGAGUACAAGCCGCUGCCCAUCCAGCGGCCGCAGCCAAUCAAUGGUGCGACACACAGACCUUCUCAGGAAGUGAGCCUGCCGCCCUCGCUGCUGGCGGCGGCAAAACUCCCUACGGGAUUUCCACCAGCCCUUCUUCCCCACCACCUCAAUCUGGCCGCCCUGCCACAGUUCCAAGGACUUCCUAGCACAUUUCCACCACAGCUCAACCCCCUCAUGAUGGGUGGGAGCGCUCCCGGCCUGGCCGCACACCUCCCUCGGGAAUACCCUCUGUACCCCUGGCUGCUGUCACGGCACGCAAGAGUCUUCCCCCACGGCCUCCCUAGUCCGGAGCAGCUGGCUUAUCUCCUACAGCCCUUCAGGAAGCCCAAGAGGAUCCGGACGGCGUUCAGCCCGAGUCAGCUGCUGAAGUUGGAGGAGGCUUUCGAGAAGAAUCAGUACGUGGUGGGCGCAGAGAGGAAGCAGCUCGCCCAGUCCCUCAACCUCUCUGAGACACAGGUUAAAGUUUGGUUUCAAAACAGACGCACGAAAGAAAAGAGGAUCCAGCAAGAAGACGGUGACAACGGAGGCGACUCGAGCACAGGCAGCGGGGAAGGUGGAACAAAAGGUGGAGGAGGAAGCACGGCAGGAAGCGGAGGAGGAGGAGGAGGAGGAGGAGGAGGGGGUGCAGGAAACUCAGCCUCAGGAGGAGCGGGAGGCGGUGCUGGAUCCUCCUCCCCUGACAAGUGCUCCGCCUCCUCCUCUUCCCCCGACAGAGUCUCCAAAUCCAUGGAGGAGGAUGACGAUGACGAUGAAAUAAUUGAAGAGGAUUCAGAAAACGAAAGCGUGGAAGUGAGCGUCGGUGUCGGCGUGGGUGUCGGGGUGGGAGUGGGCGGCGGCAGAGUGGAUCUCAGCACGGGCUGAAAUAAUGAAUGCUUCGCCAGAGCCAAGUCAAGGGAGCCUCGCUUCGCUGACACCCGCCCCGGCAGCUGGCGGUGAGCAGUGUCCUGGGCGACGCGUGUACAUAGUGUUUGCAGAGGUGAACGGCGUUAUGGUGACGUCAGAAGUGUACAGAACACGCCCUGAGUGGCUCAGGCUGACUGACCUGGCUCCGCUAGUCACGGGUGGACGGCUGAAAAUACCAGAACCAUACAGUCUUAGGUGCCAAGAGCAAAAAUGAUGUAGAGCUUAUGUUCGGUGGAACUUACGAGAAAAAUCAAGAAUGAAAAUGAAUAUUGUCCAGGAACGAAAUACAAGAAAUCCGAAAAGUAAUAUGUGAGCGCUUGGAAAAGAUGAGUAACAAUCUCUUAGAAACGCUCAAUGUGCAAUAGUCUUGCACUGUCAGUGCAAAGGCGCAGAGGUGUUGUGGGUCGCCCCUUAAAUGGAACGAAGGACGCGCCUGCGCCUUGAUGUUUCAAGUGUGUUUCCAGAAUCGGAAUCAAGAAGAGUUAAGUGACAUUCCCGCCUCCCAGACUUGAGCUGCUGACGAGCCUCCGCCAGUCAUGGCGCUGCGGCAUCCUCGGGACGCCGCCUCCUAUGUAGCCUAAGUUUACGAACACAUCGUCUUCCUGUUGUUUCAACGUCCACGUUGGUGUUGCUUUGUUAACUCUGCUGAGUAAGCGUCCUGUAUAUCAUAGUUCUGGUGUAUUGUAUAUCAUAUCACAACGACCAUAUUCCUGACAUACACUGGAGGAGUACACGCUACCACUGCAAUCCAUCAAAGUAGGAUAAGCCUUUUAUGCGAGUGUUUGUCACUUAUGGAAGCUUUACGAUACUUGCUAUAAUUAUGUACAUGUAAGCUGCAAGUAAUUUACUAUUACAUGAGGCAACGAAGUUUUCUUUGAAAGUUUUAUGAUGUAAAUAUUUUCUUUCUGACAAAUAACUGACGAAUGUGGCAGUGGCCGCACUCACAACUGAUGUCUUCUUCAGUCUAGCGCCACGAGUUAGUCUGCAGACAGGCGGUCACGAGGCGGCGGCGGCGGUGGUGGUGGUGCUGGCGGUGGCGGUGGUGGUGAGACAGCGGUGGUUGCGGCGGCCUGCUGCAGGCUGGAGAUCACGGCGCGGUCUGCAGCUACAGGCUCACGCCACCCACCACGAAAACGGACCUGAAUUAUGAGCCAAGGGAAAUUGUCUUGGUUUCUUGGCUUCCGUUGACACGGAAACAGGCCUUUCAUGGCGUGCCGGCGCGGACGUGAGGCCUCUUGUUGUGGUCUGAGUGAGAGUUUUCCUGGUGGCGUGGCCGCCCCACCCCCGCUGUCGCGACCUUCGCGGUGCAGCUGGUGGAAGGUUGCUGCUGUUCUCAGCAAAAAAAAGGUGUAACCGAACAGGCUGUGGCAAGGACAUAUCUGGAAGCCGACUCUUAUCUAAACCUAAUGUAAAAUAACAGGAGUACAUUUUUGGCAAGUAGCCGCCAUUUAUCACGGCUAGGAAGAAUUCAUUAUUUCCUCUGUCUGUCUCAUUUUUACCAACCACUCAAUGAAAUGUUAAUGGCAGCGCGCAGCUUGAGGCGCCUACUUGCGGAAUUCCGCUGUGGUAUCAACAGGACCAUGAAUGGCUCGUAAUUAACUCUGGCAACGAGCUGUGACUUGCAUCUGCUGAGGGGACUUUGGCCCCAUCACCAAUAUAAAUAUGAUUAUAU